AUGUGUGGCUGGAACCAAAGUCUGUCGGUUGCCUCUCAGCACAGUUCAGUCAUGUUGACCACUGAGGGCUCCCCGAACACCGCUGACCAGGUGGACCCGAAGAUGGACGUCGAGGACGCCGACAUGUCCAAGUGGACGGAAGAGGAGUUCGAAGAGAAGUGCACCUACACAGUCAAGGACCACUUGUGGGACGGAAUGGACAAGCCUGAUCUACCCUGCGCUCAGACCUCACUGCCCAGGAACCUGGCGUUCAGAUACGACCCCGACUCCAAAGAGGUGAUUGGAGUAGUAAGCAGAGAGUACAUCCCAAAAGGUACCCGGUUCGGUCCUCUUGUGGGAGAGAACUACACGGCCGAGACCGUCCCCAAAGACGCCAACAGAAAGUACUUCUGGAGGAUUUACGCGCGAGACGAGUUCCAUCACUUCGUAGACGGCCUGGAUGAGGAGAAGAGCAACUGGAUGCGCUACGUAAAUCCGGCACAUUCGCACCACGAGCAGAACCUGGCGGCUUGCCAGAAUGGCAUGAGUAUCUACUUUUACACCAUCAAGGCCAUCCCUGCAGACCAGGAACUGUUGGUGUGGUACUGCGCUGAUUUCGCUCGUCGACUUCACUACCCGCCGUCGGGGGAUCUCAUGAUGCAAAAACUCAAGCAGAGCCUGAUGGAGGCGAAGCAGCAGGUUUCCGAGGAGAAGUCAGUGGUGAAAAGGGAGCACACAGUCUCAGAAAUUCUUAAAGACACGAGACCCACGAGACCCCUGCCCACGCGGCCACACUGCCCCAUUAGCCCUGACCUACCAAUUUACCCCCGUGUCGUCUACCCAAUCCGACCUCAACCCCAUCACAGAGAGGACAUCCUGAAGACCAACCCAGGCAUCUGCUUCAGUUCAAGAUCACCUGGACAAUCCUCGGCCACUCCGAGCCCAUCGGCACAAAGCAGCCCAGAGGUCAGUCCAGGAAUCGGCCACGCCCCGGCGGACCACAGAGAUGCCCUGCCUACCUUCUCCUCGCCGCUUUACAGUGGCAGUCUCGGCCACUUUCCCAGCUACUCUCCACCUGCCCCCCUCUCUUCACUUUACCCCAGCCCUCAUUACCUCCUGGCUCCUUACCCCAUGAGUGGCCCACCUCAAAUGGGGAGCAUGCUUUCCCGUAUGUACCCCCUGUACAACAGCUUAAUCCCUCCUCACAUGCCCCUUCCACCCAACAUGCUUCCACCUGAGGGAGGUCGGCAUUUUCUGCUGCCACCCCACAGGGACUUCCUGCUCCCACCACCUAAGAGUGCCUUCGCCAGAGCAAUGACCCCGAAGGACAAAAGCAUGCACGGACACCCGCAUGCCCCAGUCAGCGGUUCCCCUACAGCCGGUUCAGCAGCCUCGGGCGAUCAGCAGCCCGCCAAUCCGACCUCAGCCCAGCCGAGCAUCCGACAUUCAGAGGAAGAGGCGAUCAAUCUGAGCAAAAUGAAGCGGAACCCUGCAGGGUACAAGACUCUUCCGUACCCGCUGAAGAAGCAGAACGGCAAGAUCAAGUACGAGUGCAACGUAUGUAGCAAGACCUUCGGACAGCUCUCCAACCUGAAGGUGCACCUGCGAGUCCACAGCGGCGAGCGCCCAUUUAAGUGUCAAACUUGCAAUAAGGGCUUUACCCAGCUGGCCCACCUGCAGAAGCAUUACCUCGUCCACACAGGAGAGAAGCCUCAUGAGUGCCAGGUGUGUCACAAGCGUUUCAGCAGCACCAGCAACCUGAAAACACACCUGAGGCUGCACUCCGGCGAGAAGCCCUAUCAGUGCAAGCGCUGCCCAGCCAAGUUCACCCAGUUCGUCCACCUCAAGCUCCACAAGCGCCUGCACACGCAGGAACGGCCGCACAAGUGCCCGCACUGCCAGCGCACCUACAUCCACCUGUGCAGCCUGCGCCUCCACCUCAAGGGCUACUGCCUGGCCUCCGUGCCGUCUCCGCGCUGCAGCCUGGACGACGUGAACCGCAUGAACGAGGAGAUCGAGCGCUUCGAUAUCAGCGAUAACGCCGACCGCUUGGAUGAGAUCGAAGGUGUCGACGUCGAGAGACUGGUGGAAAAGCAGAUCUUUAGCCUGAUCUGCCACGAAAUGGACCUCAAGGUGUACCACAAAGGAGACGAUUCGCUUCCUGUACCGCCUUCUUCUAACACCUACAGACCGUACGAGCCAAGCAGCAAGACGUCCGUCAUCAAGCUCCUUCCCGUCAAGGUGAAACAAGAGACGGUGGAGUCGAUGGAACAUUAG